UUGACCGUCGUAUGGAAGUCUGGACUUGGAAGCUUGGCUCGUUAGUAAGUUGCUGCUGGCUGGUGCCAACGCCCGGCGAAAACACAUAGCUAGCUAACGUUAGCUAAAGGAGAGACGACGGGAAAUCGCUAACGUUACUUCCAGCAGAGACAGAAAGCACAGAGAUGCAGACUAUCAAAUGUGUGGUGGUGGGCGAUGGAGCAGUGGGUAAAACCUGCCUAUUGAUUUCAUAUACCACCAACAAAUUCCCCUCGGAAUAUGUACCAACAGUGUUUGACAACUAUGCAGUAACUGUAAUGAUCGGGGGUGAACCAUACACCCUUGGCUUAUUUGAUACAGCAGGUCAGGAGGAUUAUGACAGGUUACGACCACUAAGCUACCCACAGACUGAUGUCUUCUUAGUCUGUUUCUCAGUUGUUUCACCAUCCUCAUUUGAGAACGUUAAAGAAAAGUGGGUUCCAGAAAUAACUCACCACUGUCCCAAGACCCCAUUCCUGUUGGUAGGCACUCAGAUUGACCUGCGAGAUGAUCCCUCCACAGUGGAAAAGCUAGCCAAGAACAAACAGAAGCCAAUCACCCCUGAGACAGCAGAAAAGCUGGCUCGUGACCUCAAGGCAGUCAAGUAUGUCGAGUGCUCAGCCCUAACACAGAAAGGAUUAAAGAAUGUGUUUGAUGAGGCAAUACUGGCUGCCCUGGAGCCUCCUGAACCUAAGAAAAAGCGUAAAUGCGUACUUCUCUAAGUUUGGUCCCAGUCCUCUCCACACCCCUUUCUAAAUCUAGGUUAACAGUACUGAAGAGUUCUGCUGCAGAUGCACAUUCCAGCGAGAGUUGAGACAUCAUGACUGACUCAACCUAAAUACAUAUUCAAUGUAUGAAUGAACGUGAUUGUACGAUUGAGUAACAUUUGAUGCUCUGUGUGAUGAUUUUAUGCCAUUAAAAUUGUGUACAUGAUGUAAACACUGGAUAGUUCAAGGAGACUGUAGUGGACCCUGCAGAAGUUUGACCAGUUUGUUCAUCUUUUCACUCUUAAGUGCUUUUCAUAUAUGAUUAACUGUAACCACUGUUAAGACACAAGCUGAUACAGAUGGAUUUGUCAGAUGCUGAAGUUGUAUUGCCAUUUAUUUACAUUUUUUCUGCUUUUCAAGUCAUGUUUUCUCUAAUUUUCUUCUUUUUUUUUUUUUACCACUGUCUUUAUUCAACCUGCCACAGUAAGGUCUGCAUCACCUAUAGGGUCUUUAGGAAUAUAUGUCCUAAGUCAUAACUAACUUUUCCCAACAAUAAACAUUUUUCACAUCUAUUUAAUAAAAGGUUGAAAGACGUUUGGAUUUUACUUAAUAUUUACAGACUUGUUAAAAUACCAGAUAAAGCAGAUUAAGGAAUUAUCUGACACUUGUAGACUAGGCUCUGACUUUGUUUUGCCAAAACAAAAUACAGUUAAGUGACAGCGCCAUUAAUGUAGCGAGUGUACAUCCAAGUUAGUACAUUCAGCACAUUAAAACAUGUUUUUACAUGAAUUUGAGUUAUAAGUUAACAGAAUCAGAUUUUUUUUUUCUUGAGUACUUGUUGCUUUGUCAUUUUGUAAAUUGAGCUAAUUGAACUCAAUACUACCCAGCAGCGUAUGAGAAAGGAACAUACAGUUUACAGAACAUCGUCCAGUUAGAGCACUUGAGUAUUUUCCAGACUAGUACCAUUUGCAUUUUUUUCUUUAUAUCGAUGCUUGGGUGGUAGGUUUAAAUCUGAUAUGUGAAUAUAGUGAAAAUAACUCCUAACUUAUUACGGAUUAGUGUGUUAGCAAUACUGAGAUUAGGAGAUGGACUAAACAUGAGAUCAGAUUAACUGUAGCAAUUUGCAGAAAAUAAGUUCUUUAUUGAGUUGUACUGUAUCUUAACUGUGAUAAAACGUCACAUAAAACCAGUAUUAUGAAUAAAGUUAAAUUCAAAUA